GACCUCCUCCUCCUCCUCCAGCACACGCCCGUCUACACCGCCGGUCGCAGGGAGAAAGACCCGAGCCAGCUCGAGGCCGAGGGCGCUCGCCUGCGAGCUGUCGGCGCCGACUACGUCCACGCCAUGCGCGGCGGCCAGACGACCUACCACGGGCCCGGUCAACUCGUCGGUUACUCGCUCAUGGACCUCGGCGCAGCUCAGCUCUCGACCCGGUGCUACGUCGACCGCCUCGAGCGCUUCCUCUCGGCCCUCACGUCGUCCCUCUCGGUCCCCGUCUACCCGCUCGAGCACACGGGCGUCUUUACCUCGCCCACGACCAAGGUCGGCUCGAUCGGGAUCCACAUCCGCCGCCGCAUCUCGCUCCACGGCUUCAGCCUCAACGUCGAGCAGCAGACCAAGGCCUGGUUCGACCACAUUGUCGCGUGCGGCCUCGCG